GGUAGCAUGCCAAGUCUGGAAGGCAGCCAGGCCAGGUGCCUCAGCCUUUUAUUGGUCGAAAUUUUCCAGUACAGGUCCUUGUAGGCUGUGUCUUGCAGUGUGGGCAUGUCCUGCGGCGGGCAUUUAUUGACGGUGGCGGAGGUUGGAAGGCAUCUUUAAGCUUUGUUGUCAUGGAUAUGUCGAUGCUGACCCUCACCGCGUUGCUACUGUUCGGGAUGAUCACAGAAUGCGGAGGGCAAGAGUGCGGUCAAGCCCCUCUCAACAAUGGCAAUCCGGGGGCCACCCCAGGUGCGUGGCCCUGGCAGGUCAGCCUGCACAGCUCUGGGGGCCACUUCUGCUCGGGGUUGCUCAUUACCGACGAGUGGGUGCUGUCAGCCGCGCACUGCUUUAGCACACCUGGAAGUGUGACAGCGUUUGUGGGGCGUCACAGCCAGACGGGCUCAAAUCCGAACGAGCAAAUCCGCAGUGUCAGUCUCAACAUCUCCCAUCCUGACUUCAACCCGAUCACCUUUGACAACGAUGUGGCGCUGGGGAAGCUUUCCCCGCCCGUGACCUUCAACGACUUCAUCAGGCCCAUCUGCCUGGCCGCCAGCGGAAGCACCUUCUUCGACGGAACCCAGAGCUGGUUCACCGGAUGGUGGGACGUCACCUCGGGAGGUCAUUCUGAACUACUAAUUGUUUUUUUUUUAGGUUUACGAAAAGAAAUACCGUCACUGCAAAUUGUAUUUGAUGUUUACAAAAUCAA